AUGACUGAUGAUCAUGUAAAGCUAACAGAAGUACAACUGAUUUCUUCCGAAUUUGGUUUACCUUUGGAGGAUUGUUUUAAGCAUGCUGUUAGCUUUUAUAAAGAACAUAUAACUAGCAAGGAUCCAGUUCCGUACGAUGAACGGAUUAAGCUAAUGGCGCUUAGUAAGCAGGUUCAACACGGGCCGUUCACUAGUGAACAUGACACUGCGGGCUGGUUCAACAUUACGGGAAACGAUGUGAACAAAGCUUGGAGUGCACUCGGAUCAAUUUCGCGUGAAGAAGCGAUGGCAUCGUUUGUGUUUCUCGUUGAUCGCGUUUGCCCGCCAUUCAAGGGAUUCAUCGGAGAAAAAGCCAAAGCGAUAAAGGAAUCGCCGAAGGUCGAGGAGCAGCAGGAGAUUGUCAAACAACCGACGGUCUCGCAAACUGUGGAUUUUCGAUUGUUCGAGGAUCAAAAAAAACAAAUCCAAGACGCGCUUAACGCCCAGACAUUUCAUCAAUUCUCGGCAUACGCGCAACAACAAUUCCCUGGGCAGCCAGAGCAGCAAACUACGCUCAUUCGUCAGCUCCAAGAGCAACAUUAUCAACAAUACAUGUCGCAGGUUUAUUCGCAACAGGCAACUGUUACCAAUGAUCAAGCUGGUCGCGAUGAUCAGGCGAAAAGAGAUGAUGAUUCGGAUUUGUCCGACGAAGAAGCUGGAGAAGAUUUGCCCUCGAAUCCUGCGAUCGCACCGGCUUCGCUUUGGAAUCGGCAGGAUAUCAACGAAUUCAAACAGAAUAUCAAGAAGGAUGGAACUGAAGGAAUCAUAAAAGUUGGACACGGCGAGACUGUGACAAUCCGAGUUCCAACUCAUGAGGAAGGAUCGUGUUUGUUUUGGGAGUUUGCCACCGAUUACUAUGAUAUCGGAUUUGGGGUCUACUUUGAAUGGACCAUUGCAGAUAGCAAUCAGGUUUCGAUUCAUGUGAGCGAGUCAGACGACGAAGACGAUUACGAGGAAGGCGGAGAAGACGGAACUCCCCCACCGCCAAUCAGCAAUCCAGGGGGUGAUGUUGAAAGUGGAGCAGCACUUCUUUCCAGACGAAUUCAGGAUCCGAACAAGCCACGUCAGGAUGAGAUUAUUCCGGUCUACCGACGCGAUUGUCAUGAAGAAGUUUAUGCUGGAAGCCACCGUUAUCCGGGACGUGGAGUAUACUUGUUGAAAUUCGACAACUCAUACUCGUUGUGGAGAUCGAAGACGCUUUACUAUCGUGUGUACUACAGCAAAUAA